UCGACGACUGUGUUAUCAGAAUUGAUUUUGGGUUCCCAAUUUUCGAAAUCAAGAAGAAGAAGAAAAAAAAAGGAAAAUGGUUUGAAACGCGAAGGGAGUGGAUUCUAUGGCUCCAUCCACUUCAGUCUUCUAUGUGGUAGGUCUGUAGAAUUGGGGGAUAGAUCGGUUGGAUCCAUUCCAACCGGUCUAUCUCUCGGUAAGGCUGUCAAUUUGGUUUGGUUUGGUUAACCAAGCCAUUAAGUAUGAAAAACCAAAACCAAAACCCAAAUCCUCAAAAACCAAAACCAUUAAGGCUCUUAUUUGUUUUCAGUUGCCAAAAACCAAUAAUGGUUUUGAUUUUGGUUUGGAUAACCAAAAAACCAACAUGUACUCAUACACUCAUAUUUAUUUUCAUUUCCCUCUUUUUUAUUGAAUAAAUGUCAUGAUAAUGGUAAAUAGCCAUUACAAAUUAUUGGUUGGCAUGCGUGUCAAAAGAAACAAAAAAAAUUGUUGAUAAAUACUUUUAUUCUUAUUGGUUUCUUAAUGGUUUCGUGAUUUUCCGGUUUUAACCAAACCAAAACUAUUAAGUUGCUUAUUGGUUUAAAAUAAAAAAACUGAAACCAUUAACUUUUCAAUUGGUUUGUUUUCGGUUAAAACCGAAAAAACAAAACCAAAUGGACAGUCCAAGGUGUGUAAUAGCGAUCGAGUUACUACUUACUAUGGUAUUCGGAAAUUGUAAUGAUUUUAUUGUCGUAACUCAAUUAUAUUUUAAUUUUUCUCGAUUGAUCAUCGUUACGAUUUCGUAAUUCGAACUUAUAUAAAUAUACUUAUCAUCAAAAGUAAUUAUAUAAGUAUAUCAAUUUUGUUGUAUUAAAAAAAUAGCAAGAGACAAAAAAAAUUCUAGCAAAAGAAGAAAAGAAACAUUAAAAAUAAAACUAUACCUCAAUCCAUGAACCUCUCUUUUCCCAAAACAACACACUAGUGGAGGCCGCCUACAAAAUCAAUGAAACCCAACUCUAAAUGAAGCAUAAUUAGGGUUUUUUCGCGCCGCUUUGCGGACAUCCGAAAUUGUGAUUUGCGAACAUUCGAAAUUGCGAUUUGCGGAGUCAUUCUAAAACUAGACAAAAGAAGCAGAUGAUAUGAGCUUAUGACACUUUCAGGCAUGGACUUCCUAUUCUUCUUCAACUACUUUAGGUCAUUAGGUGUGAUAGCAUAUUCACUAUAUAAAGACUCCUUCUCGACUUAUGGCAAUUAAGUGUUUCCUAUUCUUCUUCAACUUCCACUGAACUGAAAAGAGCAAUCAUAUUUCAUAUAUACAAGUUUUUUAUAUUAAAAAAUAUUGAUUAGAACUUUUCACUUCAGUGCAAAUUCCCCACUAUUUGUAAGGAUUACCAUGAAUUGACCUUAACUUUGCUUUCAAAUGAUCUCUAUCAAUAUCUUAAUAUUUUUCUGGUCAUCAAUGGAGGAGUGCGACAUGAAAAAAUUGGUAAGGAUUUUCAAUAGUUUUUUUUUUUUUUUUUUUUGUGGCUUUCUUGCAUUUUUCAUGAAACAUCUUAGCAGCCUCAACAGUUGAUUUGCACAUACAUGUAAUGAACUAGUUGGAUGUGAGAGCUCACCAAUCCCAUUUUCCAAUUUUUUAAACAAAAAUUAAUCUCCCCAAGGAAAAUGACCAUCUAUAUAAAGUACAAAUACAAAGGUAGGUGAGCAAGUAAUUGAUUAAGGAGUUCAUUUACUAUUAAUUAAAUUUCUAGAUGUUUAUGAUUGAUAGUUCCACUAAUGUUUUGUAAUUAGUUCGGUUAGUAAUAGUUUAUGUCAAUGAGAUUGUGAUUUAUAUUGUCACAAUUGGAGAGAACUUUGAAAGUUGGAAGGGGAGAUUUGUGACUGAGGGGAUACUCUAAUCUCUAUGCAUGUAGGCAACAUUGUUUGUUCCAUUCCAAACAUAUUGACUCAUACAUGUGAAUGUAUACUUACUCUAUGUGAAUGUAUACUUACUCUAGAUGGUGCCCAAAUUGAUCAAACCCUUUUCCUCUUCGGUUAGCCUAAUAUGAUGAGAAACAAAUUAUGAAAGACUCCCCAUCCCUGAUCCCAGCUAGGAGGUAAGUAAUUUCGAGCCACUAAGAAGAGAACUCUCGGCCAAAAAUUCUCUCUGCACCUUUCGCUGUCUUGUUCUGCUCUCGACUAAGUUCGUUUGUGCUCGAAUACAUUGUCAUAUUGUCGACGAGAAAUUCAAGCACAUCCACCUGCUUUGUCCUACUGGUCUCGCUAUGCUCCUCAAUAAAUCAAGUAAUCAUGAAAACAAAUUCAACUCGACAACAACAAACAAAAUUCACUUAUCGAUCAAAGUUGAAGAAAAAAUAUGAGUUGCAAAAUAAAAUUAAGGCACAUAAGCCAAGACAUUUCUCCCCUUUUCUUCUUUCUCUUUAAUUUAUCCUUUAUGAUGGUGGCUAACAUAAAAUGCUAUUGGUUCAAUGGAUCAUUAACAAUGAGCUAAUUAACAAGUAAAUUAAUCCUUUUUUUAGAAAGUAAAUUAAUCCUUAAUCCCUACUAUUCAGAAGAAUUUGCCUUCGUGGCGAAGAAAAGUGGCAGCAACAUGGUGGGCGCACAACAAAUAGCUACUUGGGCUUCAAAAUAAUAAUAUUAUAUUAUUUUGUGCUCACGACUAAUCUUUUCAUCUCUUUUUUCACUCCGUAGGGUCACAAAAGAUUUGAUUCAAAUUUCCUCCCUUCCUUUUUUUCGUUCUUCCAUUUCCAACUUUUUUGCCUAUGCAUUUUGUGCCAAUGUGUAAAACGUACCUUUUCUUUUUAUAUGGGGUGUAUUGUACAAAAGAACUUUUACAAUCACCAAACGUUUGGGGAUGGGGCUUGGGAAAGGGAAGUGAAGGAAAGGCCAUAACCACAUAUCACAAAAUGGUGGAUGGUAAAUCGAUUAGGGGGAAAAAAUGGAAACAUUGGGCAAGUUGGUUGCAUAGAGUACAUAGGCUAGGUAUCUAAUGAUGGUGUGCACAAUUGUGAAAGAAAAAGGAAUCGAGUUAUCAUAUCUUCUUUCACCGCCAUAAGCAAUGGUGAGAGUACGUAUACGGCUGUUCGUAAUAGGAUAGAUAUGCUAUACAAGCUAUACGAGCUAUCACGAAUUCAUAUAAACGAGUAAGACUUUACAGUUUAAUGUACAUAAUCUCUUAUUUUAUUUUUUUCAAUAUUUUUUUGUACGUUUAUUUUCACAAAGUCCGAACUCAUAAUGUGGUAGAUGUGUAACGUGAUUAUGUUGAUGGCCGAAAAUAGUGGAGUAUGCACGAGUAAAAGGUCAUACUCAUAUGCACGAGAUAAAUAUUUCUAUUUCAUCUACAUAAUUAAACACUUUCGUGCAUAAUUAUUGAACGAAAUGUUAUCUACCCUUCUGUUUUUUGUAUGUUUUUUUUCCAAAUAACCAAACUCGUAAAAAAAAUUUAGAACAAGACAAGACAAUAUUUUAUGUAUCACUUUCGAUGACACGACAAGAUAGCAUUGCCAAUUUGAAAAGAAAAUGAAUUGUUAGAUGUCACGUCCCUUCGCUAUGCACAUCCAACAAAAAGGUAGGGUGAGCAUUGGGUAGUUGAACCCACAAAUCCACCAAAAUCCACUCGCAAUCGACCCAUCCAUUAUUAUGUGGGUGAUUCUUAUGGGUGGGUUUGAGUUGUAAAAUAGGUGACCCGCAUAAGAUUGGGUGGGUGCGGGCGGUGGACUGUGGUUGACCCACGAUCCACGACCCAUCCAACUUUUUAACCUCAAACCAUCAAAACUCUAACAUAUAGCUUUACUAAAAAUGAAACCCUUAAAAUCACAAAAAUUCCUUUCAAUUUCGAUCAAAGGAUUAUGUUGUGAGGUGUGCUUAGGCAUUUGAUGGUACACUUAUGCAUAUCUAGUAGAUAAAUGGUAGAAAAAUGAAAGUUGUCUUCCCCAAAAUGACACCAUGUCAAACUAGCAUAGAUUCGUCCUUCAUUUCAUCCAUCAAUUUGGAAUUGUAAUUUGCAACUAUAGGUAAAAAUCUAAUUACGCUCACAACGCCUAUGCGAAUGAGGCGCUAGGCAAGACCAAAAUGUUUGCCUUAUGUCUAGUGCCCCUCUUAAACCUUAGUUAUUAUCAGGCUUAGAUCAUGUUUAUUAGUUGAAUAUUUUAUAAUUUGUGGACCGUUACCAAUACCAAUAUUGUAAAAUAAAUGAUUCACCUAAGUUAUGGAUAAGUGUUAUUUAGUUUGAAAAUUUCUUUCAUUUAAUUUUCAAACUAUUGAAAUUUUGUGAUCAUAACGAAUAUAUGCUGUAAACCUACCGAAUUCAACCAACCACUCAUCAUCUGCAAUUACCCAACCCACCCACAUGUAAUGUUUGGGAGGGUGUGAGUCAUUUUCUCCUUCACCCAUCACAUACUAGGUGGUUCCAAAUCCACCCAAAUCCACAUAAAACUAUCCACUGCUCACCCCUACAAAAGGUGUACAAUACAGUAAAAACUUGUACACUCCAUAAGUGUAUUAACUGUAGGUAAUGUUGCUUGCUCUUGUAACUGGAAAAGGGAAUCGAAGAGGGUAGAACAAACGAAUAAAAAAUCAACAGGUUCAAAGAGAAUUUGCGUAAUAGAUGCUUGAAUUAUGGUAACAUAAGCAGAGACGAAGCUAGCUUGUUGGCAAGGGGGCCAUUGCCCCUAAGGCCCCGUUUAGUAUCAUUUUGUUGCUGUUUGUUGCUGUUGUGGUUGCAGUGGUGUUGUGUAAACAGAUGUACAACCACAACUGAAAAAAAACAGAAAACACAAACCUGUUUAGUUGAUAAAUCUGAUAAAUCAUGAAAACUGAAAACAAGAAACAAAAACGCGUUUAGUUAUUACUAUAAGAACUAAAAACCAGAACUAAUCUAGCAUCAUUCACUACAUACAUGCCAAAUUAAUAAACAUAUUCAGAAAAAUCUCGAUUCACAUAAAUACUUUGAGGAAGUGGACUUUACCUUCUGCCGAGGGAAGUGACCGGCCUGGAAUUAGGGGUGACCGGCGACGAUGAGGGGGUACAACAGGAGGCGGCGGCUGCUGGUCGUGAGGGGAGGACUGGCGACGAUGAGGAGGGACAACAGGCGGCGCGGCUGCUGGUCGUGAGGGGAGGACCGACGACGAUGAGGAGGGACAACAAGCGGCGGCGGCUGCUGGUCGUGAGGGGAGGACGGGCGACGAUGAGGAGGGACAACAAGAGGCGGCGGCUGCUGGUCCUGAGGGUAGGAGAACUCGAGCCGGUUUGCUGGUCGCGGGGGCGGGGAGGAUGAAGGGGCGGCGAUUGAGAGGAGGUGGUUGCUGGUCGGCUGGCGCGGCGACGGGAAUCGGCGACGGCUGCUGGUCGCUGGCGCGGCGACGGCUACUGGUCACGGGCGGCAGAAGGCUCUGGUCGCCGAAGCAUUUGAGAGAGGAUGAAGGGCUGGCGGCGCUGUUUGGAACAGGAAGGAAGGGUUUGUGUGGGUUUUAAGUGUAAAAAAAAAGAAAUUCUUUUGCUUGAGUGAGGAUUCGAAAAGUGGGCUAUUUUAAUGAAAUCAAGUGCCCAACCCGUAGGAAUCCCGUGUGCAACAGGUUUACGAAUCAAAUCCAAAGCAAUAAAUUAUUGUUUCUCUUUUUUUGGUCCUUGUUGUGCAACUUUGAUUCACAACAGAAAAUGAAAACCCAACUAAACAGAUUUUUUUUUCUUGGUUUCUCCAAUUUUUAAAAACACAACAGGAAACAAAAACAGACAACAAUACUAAACGGGCCCUAAGCUUUUAAAAUGUAUUCAAAUUGUAUGGUAAUUAACUCUACAAGAUAGACGAAGUGGUUAGUAGAAUUUUGCUCUGUACAAUAGCUUUUUAUAGCUAAGCUUGUAGCCUAGAGGAAAGUAGUUCGGCCCACACAGUUGCCACUUUUUCAUGAAUGGUUUGUUAGUAUCUAGUCUAUGCUUCUUAGUUUGAUCAACUUUUUGUUUGACAUAUGUAAGCUUAAUUUUUAACGAUAUCCAAAAUAUGAUUACUUAGUAAAAAAUUGAUUUCAUUUCUUUAUCACAUAAAUAUUUUUAGUGAUUUUACCUUUAAGAGUUUAAAAAAUUGCACAUUUUUAUAGUUUAAAUAUGCAUUUAAUUAAAUACUUAAAUAAAAUACCUUCAAUUUGGUUAUUUUUGUAGUGUUUGUCAAGAAUUUACGAACAUAUUUUUUCUUAUUAUGUCAUCGAAAAAUAUUUUUUUUUGGCUCCGCUAAGUUCAAAUCCUGGCUCCGUCCCUGAACAUAAGAGGAGUCGACUAAAAAACAUAAACAUCUCAUACCGCCACCUCAACAAAUUUUGAUAAUCUCAAAGUAUAUUAUGGCCUUUUUUUAUCGAGUUGACCAAAUUUUCAUUUCGAUUUGUCGGUGCAAAUAUCAAUCACUAAGGGUCGUUUGGUUUUGGUGAUACUUAAAUCAAUGCAUUAUGAUCAAUGGAUGCAUUGUAAUAUACUAAUAUACAUGAAAUUAAGAAAAAUGAUGUAAUGUACUUUGCAUUGUUUGCUUUGGUGAUAGUUCUUUUAGUAUUCAACAAGUCAUACUACUUUUUGCGGGAAAUAUCACUUUUGCCCUUACUUUUAUUAGAACAUAUAUAUAGCUAGGGGUAUAAUUGGAACAAAAAGCAACUCAACAAUCUCCUCAAAACUAUCUCAACAAUCUCAAAUUUUAGUGGAGAUAUUACUAUCACUCAUUUUGAUUGAUAGUUUUCAUCACAUCAAGCAAAUAAUGCAUGCAUUGUUUGUGCAGAAAACUAAAAAAAAAUGCAUAAUAACUAUUACAACCAAACAUAACCAAAACCAAACAACCCUAAGUGAAAAAGUUAUUAUUUUGUAAGUCACCUAUAAGGCUAUACUUACAUUUAGGGAUGGAAGUUUGGUACCGAUAUUUGGGAUAUACCGAAUACCGUAUCGAAUUUGUCUAUAUUUGGUAUUACCGAAUACACGUAUUAUAUAUUGGGAUUGAGAUUGAGAUUGAAUUUCAAUUGUAAUUCGGUAUUAGGGUUACGGGAUUGGGAUCAGUAUAUACCGAAAUACCGAUCAAUACCAAAAUAUAAGCUAGUGUGUAUUUUAUCCUCUCAACUAGAUUCUCUCAUUCACUACUACACAACUCUCAACUACCAAGAGUGUCAUUUAAUUAUACACAAAUAAUUUCAUCUUUGUUUCACAACUCAAAAGUCCCCAUCCAACUCAAUUUGACUUUCCAAUUUAAGUCACUCUCACCUAAUAACUUGUUAUUUUCAUAACACAAAAAAGCAAACACUAGUAUUAGCCGUCUCUCAGCUUUCAAUUCGUCAAACUAAAGAUUACCAAUGACA